AUGCACUGCGGUCAGCAGCGGUUUCGGACGAGGAAUCAGGCGAGUAUACAUAGCCGUGUCGGUCCAGGUGACACUGUCCUUCCCUCGACAAGAGAUUUGGCAAACACGCAUCCACGCCACUCAAUCCCGCUCCAAGAGAUCGGUGGCGAAGAAGAGAAGCUUAUGCCCGAUGCAGAAAGGCGGCCAAUUCUUGGGUCACCUAAGCUGCGGUAUGAAAACGGCACUUCAACUUAUCUGCUUCGAGAUAUUGCCGCUGUCCUUGAGCGGAGUAGACAGUACUCCUUUGACAAGAUGAUCUACGUGGUCACUGGAAAACAAGAUUUACAUUUUCAUCAAGUCAGUAGGGCCCUCGAAUUAAUGGGCCGUUCCGAGCUUGCAAGUAAACUAGAGCAUAUCAACUUCGGGAAGGUUCAUGGAUUGGCACCUGCUACCGGUUGUAGCGGCUUACUGCUAGAAGAUAUUCUCGAUCAAUGUCAGAAAGCGGUCUGCAUGUUCCUGGAAAUGGAACGAGACGACCUUUACGGCAUUCGUGGCAGUGAUGCUUCGGCGGCAGCAGAUUCUCUUGCGGUCCUUGCUCUCAUGACUCAGGAAAUGUCGAUCAAGCGUGGAGCGAAUUUCGGUGUCGACCUAGAUGACAUGGCAACUCUAAAUCCAUACAAUGGGCUUUCAUUGCAAUACUGGCUAUCAAAAAUCAACAUGAAGCUGAAGGGCGUCAUUAUUCCUCGUGAAGCACUCGGAUACGUGGAUUACUCCAUGUUCGGGCAAGACGAGUAUGAAGCCUUUGCUGACGUCCUUCGUCUUCUGAUUCAGUUCCCAGGGACGGUCAAGCCUUCAUUCAGGACGUUAGAGUCUUCACACAUCCUCAUAUUGUUGUUCCGUGUGACAGAUUUGCUACCUGAUGUAUGGGAAGCGGAUCCGGACAACAAUGGCGCCGAGCUAGAAGAAGAGGUGGAAGUCCAACCAGGUCCAAGCAAUAUAGUAACCGCCGAACCCUUGGACGAUGCCGAACUAACCACGGAGGGCGUUGAAAAAACAUUCACCUAG